GAAAACGUGCGAUCAGUUAUUUCCGACAAUUUUCUAAGAGCAGAAUUUUAGAUCAACCUGACAGCCACUGCAGGUUGCUUGGGCAGCACGUCUACUGAGCAUCUACCUAAGAUCAAGACUGUUUUCUCACACAAUGGGUACAGUGACUCGUUUGGCAUUUCCAGCAGUUGGAUGUUGGCAGAAUGUGAAUGACAGACUACUAUCAAGGCUGUUAACAAGAUCUUUGGCACACAGUUUUAUAUCAAAGACAUUUUCAUCAAGGACAGUCACAUAUUAUGGAAAAUCUCUGAACACCAUACUCUGUCCUGAAAAGUGCAGUUACAAUGGAUUGAAAGCAAAGUUGCUAAAUGACCGACCAGCAGCGUCAGUAUCAUUACGGAUGUUUUCAUCAGUUUUGGAAAGGGACAGUUCUAAACAUAUGAGGAAGCUGGGCUGUGACACAUGUCAAUGGCAGAUCCUGAAAAGAUGUAUAUCUGAAAGCCCAAAGAAAGCAGAUUCAGUGAAGCGCACUACUACUGUGAUUUACAUCUGUGCUAUUGGGGUGUUUAUGGUUGGAGCGAGUUACGCUGGAGUGCCUCUGUACCGUAUCUUCUGUCAGGCAACUGGCCUUGGGGGUCAGGCAGUCAAAGGACAUGAUACAGGCAAAAUAGAGAAUAUGACACCAAUCAAGGACAGGGUGAUCAGUGUAAGGUUUAAUGCAGAUGUGGCUUCCAGUAUGCAGUGGAAUUUUAGGCCUCAACAGUCUGAAGUGAAGGUUUUGCCAGGAGAAACGGCCCUGGCAUUUUACACUGCCAAGAAUCCAACGGACAAGCCUAUCAUUGGUAUCUCUACAUACAAUGUUAUACCUUUCGAGGCAGGGCAGUAUUUUAAUAAAAUCCAGUGUUUCUGUUUUGAAGAACAAAGACUAAACCCUCAUGAGCAGGUUGACAUGCCUGUGUUCUUCUUCAUAGACCCCGAGUUUGCCGAGGAUCCAAAGUGUGCUCAAAUUGAAACAAUUAUGCUGUCAUACACAUUCUUUGAGGCUAAAGAGGGUUUAGAGCUGCCCUACCCUGGGUAUGCAGGCUCCAUGUAUGCCAAGUCUGCGGCCUGAUCCCUGAGCUUUGAUGUGUGCCAGACAGUUGAGAACCAUUGAUUUUGCCUCACUGCCGUCUUGACAUCUCCUCGCAGACACCCUGCACAGUUUGACCAGAGGAAGGACGAGUCUUUAGCUGCAUGUACACAAGUUACAGCAGAAGAACUGUCAGGAUUGGAUAGAGUCAGCUUCUUAUAAAAGAGCCACAAUGCCUUGUAAAACUUGACAAUAUCACUUAAACCUUCAGGCUGCAUCAAGUUCUUUGAUUCAUCCAGGAUUAUCAGAAAUGUUGCCCUGUGAGUACAGACUGCUUGUUUUUUGGCAGUGGUUGGAAAGUGUUUGGAAGUUAUCCAGCUGUGGAAAAAACAACAAUGUAUCAAUCUGAAAAAUAAAUGUCGAAGUAGAAAAUGGAGAUAGAAUAGCAUAAUAAUUCAUGAGAAAUAAAUGAUGUACAAGGUAAAAAGUAUAUUUCAGGUAUUUGAAUACUACAUUCUGUUUUUUUUGAAACACAGCAAUUGGAUUGAUAAAAAGAGUGGUUUACCUGUGUUUUAAUAGAGUGUACAAAAUAUGCAAAUUACUGUAUGAAAGGUGUGCUAUUAAAAUAAUACAGUUUUUACUAAAACAUCAUGUGCAAUUACGUUGGUGUUGCAUUUUCAUAAACAGUGUAGUCAUAGGUAUUGAUAUUCUGAAGAGGAAGAAAUAAAUACUGAGUCUUGUGAAGCAGAUUUCUGAUGGAAGGAUGCUUUCUGCUUGCUAAAGCUGGCCAUUAGCACGUGUAAGGCAGUCAUCAUUCAUGUUGUAGUUGAAAGUCAUCUGCAUAGUAACAAAAUGAAUGGCUAUUGAGAAGAACUCUUUGAAAUGAAGGAAUGCAUAGAUUGAAUAGAUUACUAUUGAUCAUUAUAUAAUGUGAGGUUCAUAGAAUGUGUAUUAAGGGCAGUCAGAUACUUCACAGUAUUGAUUUCGUAGGAAAAUGUGGAGCAAUUUUUCACAGAAUGAACAUUUGUUGUUGUAUUGCAUCAGUGCUGAUCACCACUGCGUGGCUGAGUGAAUAAGACACGUGCCUUCCAGUCACUAGGCCACACAAGAAAUGAAUAUCAUUCGUACACAGACAGUUUUCAAGAUAACCCU